ACUCAAAAAACAAACAAACAAAAAACAUUUCUUACUUAAAAAUGGAAAACUCUAAGCUUAUGUCUAAGAAAAACAAGAUGAUCAUGCUCAAAAUACUCAUGCAAAAGGUUCAAAAAAGUCUUUCUCUAGGGAAGAUAUUAACUGACAUUGAUGAGUUUAGUCAUCAAGAUGAUCAUCAAUAUGAUCAUCAUGAUCAUGAUCAUCAAGAAGCUUGUUUUGAUGACUUAAAAUCAGUGCCUAAGGAUGUUAAGGAAGGGCAUUUUGCAGUAGUGGCUGUAAAUGAAGGAAUUGCAAAGAGAUUUGUUGUACCAUUAAGGUAUUUAACACAUCCCAUGUUUCUUACAUUGUUAGAGAAAGCUGCUGAAGAGUAUGGAUUUGAUCAUGGUGGUGCACUCACCAUACCAUGUAGACCUAAUGAAAUUGAGAGAAUUUUGGCUGAAAGAUGGGAUGGGAAAAGAACAUCUAGCUACUCUAAGAAGGCUAAUAAUGGUUGUAAGAGAAAUUCUAAUUUCAUGGUCCAAAGCUAUUAAUUAAUUAAUUAGAUUAAUUAUUUGUUAAAUAAAAAAAUUGUAUGUAAUGUUUUUAAUUCCCCUUUUGUGAGUAUAUACUUAAGUGUUAUAUUUUUACUAUUUUUUUAGAAGAGUAAUAAAUUUUGAUUUUGACCAAUUAAAUAGAUAUUUCUUAUAUAUUCU